AUGUCUCUUCACGUCAAAGCCCACGAGAAUCGCAGUGUUGCCUCCACCAGCAUCGCUAUGCCGUCGAGCCAAGAACAGAAUCAGAAUCUCUCAAGCGCUGCUCCCCGAGUCUUCAACAUCCCAGAACUUCUUCAAAUGAUCCUUCUCGAGCUACGCACCAACAUCGGGGAGCCUGCAGAUAUCGCAAAGCUCAAGACACUACUCCUCUGCCAGCGCGUCAACAAGACAUUCCGCGCCACCGUUCAGAACUCCAUCGAUCUCCGACGAGCUUUAUGGUUUGAGCAACUCCCUGACGCCGAGCAGCAACUGCGGCGAACUUUAGAGGGCGAGGAAUGUGCCAUCAACCCUUUCUUCCGGGGUCGAAACAAAGGACCCUUGUACAUUGGUCGAAAGAGUCCACAUUCGCUUGUUUUCCUCAAUUUCAACCAUAUCCGUUGGUCUGGCGAUGACAGCUCCUGGUACCGCAUGUUGUUCGUUCAGGCAAGUAACCGUGCUGCAUCAGAUCGCCCUUUUAUGGUUGAGUUCCCUGUCGGAAAGAUUGGUGGAAUCUUUCGUUCUACUGCAAGAAUAGAUAUGAAGAUUGGCGAUUUCUGUUUGGGGCGCUCCAAGAGGGUUACGACGGAGAAGUGA